ACUGGAGAAAAGGCGGCACAGUUCCGGUUGGGGGCGGAUGUUGGUGAAGAUGGAGAGCUCGCGGUUCCAGCAGACGGUGACGGUGGCCAACGGCUGGAUCCUGGACUUCAUGUGCUGCUGCCUGCUCCGCUACUUCAGCGAGGACAUGGAGGAGGAGUUCACGGCCAUGAGGAACGCCAUGAACGGUUUUGUUCAAUGGCCGUUAACUGGAGGAUCUGGUCAGAUUAUGAAAGUGCAUAUUUGCCAACUUCUGUCACGAAUCGUUGAAGCAAAAAAUAUUGAUGUCCAGUUUGACAAAGAUGAAAGAAUAACACCGCUGGAAUCUGCGUUAUCAGUUUUAGUGGAAAUGGGGGAUGCCCAAGACGUAAAGAAAAAUCACCUUUAUCAAAAAUUGAAACAGUUGCUUCAAAUUCAGGCUGUGGCAGUCUGUAUGGAGAAGGGAGACUGGAGGAAAGCUUCAGAAGUUCUGGAACGUCAGUUUGAUGGCCAAGGACUCUCUGAAUCAGAGCAGUCUUUAAAAAGGAAGCUGUCCACAAUUAUCAUCAAGAAAGAUCCAUAUCAUAAGUUUUUUCAAAAUUUCAAUCACCAACAUUUAAUAGAGAGUGCCAAGGAUUUUGCUGAUAAAUUUUUAUCUGAUAAAAAAUCAAAUUUCCUUGUCCAAGCAGCAAAUAAGGUGGUGGAGUCUAAAGAACAAAGAAAUGCAUUCAAGAAGAGUUCUGGAGAUGAGGAAGAUCCUGGAAAGCAGCGUUGGCAGGAGAACCAUUAUGAAGAUUUACCUCAAGAAGAAACAGUGGAUGGAGAGAUGAACAACACAGCAUUAAAAUCACAAAGGAUGAUUUUGGAGCCCAAAGACAACACCCCAAGCUUCUCCUCUUCAACGCCAUCCACCUCCUUCACCCAUCCUCCCAGGCUCCCUCCAUCCUCAGCUCCAACUCCAAAUGCAAUAAGACCUAAAAAACGGCUAUAUAGUUUGGUGAAGCCCAUGACAUCAACCUUGGUGAAACCUGAAAGGAUUAAGGAUUCAAGAGUAAAAACACCAGCCAGAAAUAAGAGAAGUUCUGAACGUCUGAUAAAGAUUGAGAAACAAGAUGAAUCCAUUAUUUCAGAUUACCCAAAGAAGAAAACCAGAAGAAGGCACUGGUUAUCGAAAGAAGACCAGCAGCUGAAGAAAGGAGUAAGAAGAUUUGGAUGUGGGAACUGGACCACGAUUCUACAGUAUUACGAUUUUGACAAUCGUACCAAUAUAAUGCUGAAGGACAGAUGGAGAACCAUGAAGAAGCUGGGCAUUGCUGACAGCUCCGAUGAGAACUGAGAAGCAUCAAUUAUAAAGGUUCACACUUUUUUAAGAGAACCAUUUUAAAUCUACAGAUGAAUGAGUUUUUUUUUUGUUCAUGUGCAAUGUUGUCUAUUUGACUGCUAGGCCAAUCCCAUACUUAUAUCUUUUAUUGAUUUAAGCUUUGAACGGGACUUGGUGACGCAUAACCGACACGUAAACUAGAUCAGGAAAGUUUCUCAAGUUGCACACUUUCUAUUGCCUUUCCAAGUUUAUCUACUUGUUUGCCUUUUUUGUUGAACAUGUAUGUAUUUUGUGAAAAGAAAAGAUUGUAAAGGACAAAACAUUGAGCUAUUGUGCUGUAGGCACACGUUUUGUUUGUGUUUUUUGGUCAGCCUGGUGUCUGACACAUGC